CGGUGCCAUCUUCAUGUGUGGUACAGUGUUGGGAAAUCCCCCUUUUAUAACAUUUAAACAAACCGAAUAAAUUAAAAUGCAUUUAAAACGGGCUUCUAAAUAUUAGUAGUCUUCAAAAUGGGUACGAAGGAAGAGGUUUUGUUCGAAGAUCGCCCGAAGAUAUCAACUUUUGCCGUUCUGGACCUGGAGACGACCAACUUGCCUGUGUACAAUAACAAUCGGGUAGGAAUUACAGAGUUGUGCAUUUACGCCUUUGAAGCUGCCCUUCUCAAGAAAGAUGUUGGUCAGGAUAAGAAGCAGGAGCCAGUGGAGUUGCCCGAUCCACCACGCGUGGUCCACAAAUUGAACCUGCUCUUCCAACCUUCUAUGAUGGUGCAUCCGGAUUCGGAGAGCAUUACGGGUCUGAGCAAUUACUUGCUGGAGCGGGAGUCCAAGUUGGAUGGGGACUCCGCGCAACUUAUCGUCAGCUUUUUAAAGCACUUGCCAGCUCCGGUUUGUCUCGUAGCUCACAAUGGCUGGAACUUCGAUUUCCCCAUCAUGAAAAAAAUUUUUCAAAAGCUUAAUGUUGAGCUGCCGGAAUCCAUUACAUGCUUGGACUCACUACGUGCUUUUUUGGAGAUCGACGAUAACCGCUUUAAAGAACAAAAUUUGUUGCCAAUGCCAGAGAUUACACAUGAACCUGACUCGCUUAAAGAAAAUGAAACCGCAUUCGAGGAGUCGGAACCCGCAAAGGAAACAGACUGGCGAUCCAGAAACGAAACGACUCCGAAACGUCCUAUUGUGACACAAACGGAAGCUUCUGUCAAGCGCAGGCGACUAGCCGAUGACGAGGAUGACCUGGAAAGGCAGGGUCCUGUCAAGCGGGAAUCCCAAGUGUUCCGAUCGAGACGCAAACUGUUCAGCGGUUUAACGUGCGCCGAAACUAAGCGGUUUCCGCCUCGUAAUGUUUACAAAUUGGAAAAUUUGUUCACUAGAAAGUUUCAACAACCAGCCGGUAGUUCCCACCAGGCAGAGGCAGACGUGGUGAUGCUCAUGAAGCUCAUUCUACAUUAUGGCAUGGAUUUCCUGGCCUUCGCCGAGGAACAGGCAAUUCCAUUCCACAAAGUUUUGCCACUUGGCGUCACUGCUCGAUGACACAAAAAAUUUAUUGCAUGAAAUUUGUGUGACCUUUUACUGUGUGAUGGUUUUAUAUUUUUAUAUUGCAAUAUUAUAUUCAAAAAUUUUAAAUAAAUAAAUGUUUUGGUAUUUUUUUAUAAAA